CACAUUUCUAGGGAACUUUUCUGCGUCCAGGAAAGAUUGAUGUUUCCUGGUUGUCGAUCCACAUUGACAAGCAACUCGGAAUACACUUUGAUGUGAACCCGCCUGGAAGCAUUGUUUCUUCAUCUCCAACACCACCUGUAUUUGACCCUUGGCUGUUCAUUCAGGAGCCAUUCCAGAUGCUGAGCAGUGCUGGCACCAUGACGAUGAGCCAUUCGGGGACGUCUUUUCCCAGAUGACCUGCUCGCUCACAACUUUGCGUGUUUGAAUGCCAGCUGUUGCUAAGAUGGAGGAGCACUCCAGUCUCCCGAACGUCAGCAUUCCAUGCCACGACGAGCAGAGGGACAAGAAGAAACGCUACACGGUGUACAAAGUUAUAGUCAGUGUUGGACAGCAUGAGUGGUUCGUCUUCAGGAGAUAUGCAGAGUUUGAUAAACUUUACAACACAUUAAGGAAACAGUUUCCAUCUAUGAACCUGAAAAUUCCUGCCAAAAGAAUAUUUGGGGACAAUUUUGAGCCAGAGUUUAUUAAGCAGAGGAGAGCAGGGCUCCAUGAGUUCAUCAAGAAAAUAUUGUCACAUCCUGAACUGUCCAGCCACCCAGAUGUAAGGGCUUUCCUUUUGAUGGACAGAUUGCGAAGCCUCUCUGAUGCUUCUGAGGAUGAAGAGGACAAAAACAGUGGAGUUUCUAGAAACAUUAACCUUGGGCCGUCUGGAAACCCUCAUGCCAAGCCCACAGACUUUGACUUUCUAAAGGUCAUAGGAAAAGGAAGUUUUGGAAAGGUUUUCCUUGCCAAAAGGAAACACGACCAGAAGUAUUAUGCCGUCAAAGUCCUACAGAAAAAGGUCAUCGUCAACAGAAAGGAGCAAAAGCACAUCAUGGCUGAGCGCAACGUGCUCCUGAAGAAUGUCAAGCACCCAUUCCUGGUGGGACUCCAUUACUCCUUUCAGACAAAAGACAAGUUGUAUUUUGUCUUGGAUUUCAUCAACGGUGGAGAGCUGUUCUUCCACCUUCAAAAAGAGCGAACCUUUCCAGAGCCCAGAGCAAAGUUCUACAUUGCUGAAAUGGCCAGUGCUCUUGGGUAUCUCCACUCGCUCAACAUCGUUUACAGGGACUUGAAGCCAGAAAACAUCCUUCUUGACUAUGAGGGACAUAUCGUUUUGACCGACUUUGGGUUGUGCAAGGAAGGGAUUUCCCUGUCUGAUACCACCACCACAUUUUGUGGAACUCCCGAGUAUUUGGCUCCAGAGGUCCUGAGGAAGCAGGCGUAUGACAACACCGUGGACUGGUGGUGUCUUGGCUCCGUGCUGUAUGAGAUGCUGUAUGGCCUCCCACCAUUUUAUAGCAGAGAUACUCAUGAGAUGUACGACAACAUCCUCCAUAAACCAUUAGUGAUGCGCGCAGGAGCCUCCAGUUCUGCCUGGUCUCUCCUUCAGGGUCUGUUGGAGAAAGAUGGAACCUACAGACUGGGGUCCAGAGACGACUUUAAUGAGAUCAAAGAACACAGCUUCUUUGCCUGCAUCAACUGGGAUGAUCUGGAAGGCAAGAAAAUCCCUCCCCCAUUCAAGCCUACUGUGAGCUCGUAUUCUGAUAUCUCCAACUUUGAUCCUGAGUUUACCGAGGAGAUAGUUCCCAACUCCAUCUGUUGGUCUCAAGAACAUUCCAUCGUCAAUGCCAGUGUCAUGGAGGCUGAUGACGCCUUCGUGGGAUUCUCCUACGCACCCCCCUCUGAAGACUCUUUCCUCUGAAAUCCCCCACCCAAAAUGUUCGCCAGUGCCUUAACAAUAAAGGGAUGAAAUGUGCAUUACACAAGAGCUUGUUCAGUGAAGCCGAAGCAAAGAGCUGAGAAAAACGCACUUGAAUAAGAAAAAAGAUUUUAAUCCCUCUGUAUUUAUGUGAAUAUAUAUGUAAAGACUAUAUUUUAAAAAUAUGGAACGCCAUCCUGUCAUAUAUCUGAAAUGAGCUGUCGUCAUGCAUCCAACUGAUUUCCUCAGAGAAACUUGAACAGUUCACUGGACCAAACACAAUUUAAUUGUCAGAUGUGUGUCUCAUUUAUCUUCCUUCAUGAAGCUGAGCUGGAAAUUGGAAUUACUUGAGUGACCAGUGAUAAAGCGUCUUGGUUAACAGGUUACAGGGCAACAAUACACCUUCUUAGUUACUUGAGUUUGUUUUUUUUUAAUGAAUAUUAUGUUGGUUGUUUUUUUUUUACAAACUGUAAAUGUUUCUAUUCUUUAUACACUUUAUUGACAGUGUGAUUGGUAACGUAUUCACAAUGAUUGGCUUGUUCAGGCAGUUAAGGUGGCUCAUAGAACUGCAAAGCAAUAAAGACAAUUUUA